AUGUUCUACCCAAGGCUACUAUCCAGAAUAUUGAAGCUCCAGGGGACCCCUUUCAAGGCUUGUGUGAAACCUAUUGUUCUACUAUCAUGUCGUCAGCUUCUCGGGGGAUCACGACACUACUAUAGCACCACGAAUAUUUUUCAGACCGUCGUCAAUAAUCAAGAAAUAGAAAAAGAUCAAUACUUUCAGCAUUGCAACGACCUUAUUGUGGCCCUGGAAUACAAAAAACUCCAGAAUGAGUUUAGUUCGGGGAAAAUAUUCGAAAAAUUUGGAGCUGAAAUUUCCAGACCAAUGAAAAUCAUCCAUCGAGUGGCAUUUGUCAAUCACGAUGUCAAGCUAGGAUUACGGCUUUUUCAACAGUAUUUCCCUCAAGAGCUCCGGGAAAAAUUAUCACCCAAUGACCGUUUCUUGUUGAUAGAAUUUGAGUUGCCGCUCUUACUUUUUUGCAAGAAAUUUUCCGUGAUUUAUGGUGAACGAUAUCCAGAAAUCAUGGAACUAGUGGGGACUAUAGGGAAAACUCCUGAUCAAAUCAUUAAUAGUUUGACCAAGGUGUUACAGGCAAUGAUGGUGAAGCAGCGCUUCCUAAGGGCUAAACAGUUUUUCCUCGGAAUAAUUGCUGAGAACUACGUUACGGAAAAACAAUUGACAAUUCUUUUCAAAAUCUUUAUGCAGUUCCCGAUCCAACCUACAAAGAUUAAUGAACUCUUGGAACUCAUCUACAAUAAAGCCUCAUUCCCGUUUAGUCCUGAAUUGACGGUUUCCGUGCUAAGGUAUCAUCGGGCUACGAUGAACCUUGAACAAUAUCAUGAACUAUAUGAAAAAUACGGUUCCAAAUUACUCCCAUAUCAACAAGUAAUGUUAAAGAUCGAUAAUGAGGUACUAAGUUUGAUCAGGGAAAGAGAUCUCAUCACCCUCUAUGAUAAUAAUACCAAAAUUGUCAAUAAAAAGAUUGCCGAGCAAUCAUUGACGAUUUUCAAAUUGAUCCACCAGUUUCUCGUCACCCUCAGUAACGAACCAAGGGUUAAUCCCGAGAAAAAGUUGGCGAUCCGUCAACAUUUCCUUGUUACAUUGUGCAGUACAUUUGCCAAGAAGUAUUAUUUCAAAGAUUUGAUGAAAGUGCGAAGAAUCAUGAAUACCGAACCGUUGACGACAUCGCAAGAGAAACUUUUCAACCAAAAUUUAGGUUAUUAUUUUCUCGUGACCCGGCAAUUCGAAACUCACAUUUUAUUUUUACGGGAAGUCGUUGCCAAAAAUGGUUACCAAGUGCUUCUGAAAGAGGAUAUUAGCCAAUUAAUCCAGAAUUAUAAAAAAACCUUCCGACUGAGAAAGUUUUUCUUGGGAUCCCCGAAAUAUCGGGAGUAUCGCAAGAUCAAAGAUCUCCUUGAAUCCUUUGAAAUGAUCUACUAUCCCAGUAAGGCUAAGGAUUAUGACAGGAUCAUCUCUAUUUUGGAUAAAGGGUUCCUCCCUGAAGUCAACAACUUUGUGGCGUGUCUCCAUCAACAAAUAUAUCAGCAGGACAUAUCCAAAGUCACGAUGUUGGUAGAAUUUUUCAAAAAACUAAAAGGUCAAUACUCUUUUGGAACAAAAUUAUUUUUAAUGAAGUUCCAGAUUUUCCAGUACUUAAGGAACCUUGAAGCUGCCGGCAAGUUGAAGAUGAUAUUAGGACCCGCUUUCACCAAGUUUGAAAAAGGAAAGGGAGUCAAUCAAUUCAACUUUAAUGAUGUGGAACUUAGGUUCACUAAACAGGAGACAUUGGCUGAUGAUGAUAAUGACACCAUCCCAGAAUUUCAAAACCAAGUCAAACAGGAGUUGGAAAAAAUGUUGGCGGGCUUUCUAGAGAAAAAUAAAUCCACAUUGACGUUGUUGGGCAAGGUCGAAGUUGGGCUUUUUGCCAGGUCCCUCAAAUUGUACGAGAUGCUGGCAGAGAUCAUGGAAAGCUGUUAUACCAUGAUGAUUGCCAGGCAAGCGUCGGUGGUAGAGGGGGUGGAUGCGAAGAAGGGGGUGGAUGAUCCCGAUAAAUUCAUGAUCCAAAAUAUCUUGCGAGAAAAAAUCUAUUCGACGUUGUUGAUCGAUUAUAAAUACUUGUUAGACCCAAAAAAAUUCUUGGAGACUUUGAAAAGAGUGACUAAAGACGCCCAUCUAAGAGUAUCUCCGAAAUUUGCUUAUCGUAUCAGCACAGAAUUGAAACAUUAUGUUAAAUUGAAGAAUUGGCAAUAUAGAAAAGACUAUGGGAUCCUAAUGACGUAUCGGUACAUUGAGAAAUUCGAUGAUUUGUUAUUAGCGGACAUCAAGGACACGCUUGCGAGAUUGCGACUCGUUAAAUUAUCCGAGGAGCAGCGUUUUGAGUUAGUUGAUGAUUUCGAGCAGGUGAAAUUGUUUGUUGGGAAGUGCUACAGGUAUCAACAGAUGUUGCAAGCUAGGGCAAAAAACGAAAUAUUAUAUCGUGAGAAAUACCUGAAUCUUUUGAUGGAUAUGGUGACUGAGUGGUCAAAAUUGCAACGUUUGGACAAGAUGGAGGUGCUUCGAGGGGAAGAAUUAGGAAACAAGGUAUUGCAAGAAGAAUCAGGAUAUCCUGAAAAGGAAGAGGAAUAUGAGUUAUGA